AUGUCCACGAAAUGGCAGCGGUUGUGUCCUACCAACCAGGGCGAUUUGCCUCUAGUUCUCUUCAAAUAUUGCUUGACGUCAGACGGCUACGAGCUGUACAUGACCGACCUAACCAACGUCUGGUCUGAGCAUCUAUCGCGCCAACAAAUUCUGAAACGAGCCGACGAAAAUGCCGCUACGAUCGACCCCAGCGACGAUUCAGAGCAAUAUCAGAUGCUACUGCAGAAGAUCGGCGAUGCAUUUCGCAACGAAAAGGAUACCCACGUGAUCCUGGACCAUACAUCGCCAGGAGCUGAUACCCUGAGACUAACCACUUCGACGAAAUUGCCAAAGCCAUUAGGGCCACUGACAUGGACUCUCUAUCUCUCGAGAGAGCCCCAGUCCUCGUUGACGCAGCAUAUGCUCCUACCGUUGAUCAAAGCGGAGGCGGACUGGGAGUCGCGACAGCAGAAUCUCAUGAACCAGCUGAAGCAGAAAGACUGGAUCCUGAGUAAACUGUUCGACAAGCUUGAAGCCGUGGGUAUCGACCUCAGCACUAUCUUCCCGGGGGUGUCUGGGUUGCGAACGGGUCGGAAGAACGCGACGCUAUCGCAGGCCGCCAAACAUAUCAGAGGCGUCGCAUCUUUUGACGAGCAUGCGUGGCUCGAAGAACACGAGCAGUCAUCUCCGGGCUCAGACCUUGCUGCCAACCUACUUGCGCAGCUUUUGUCUACCUCUGACGCUGUGGCACAGCCCGAUUCGUUUCGUCCGCCUCCAGACAGAUGGUGGCAUGCACUGUCUUCAGCCAGCACCACUACACUCCCUAGGCGCGAAGAUGUCGGUCGAAUCAACGAAUCCCAACCUUCUCGGGAUGACGAAAUGACGGAUGCUGCAACCGCUACGGAUACAGAGGACGAUGAAUUUGAACGACAAGUGACGCCUCCAAAAUUCAAACGCCCCAAAGACACCGGGAACGAACCUUUUCCGGCCAAAAAAUCUCAGGAACCAGCACAAGAGCCUGCAAAAGCAUCUCCGAGCCCUUCUCCACGCAAGCCUCCAACCAAAGCAUCAAUAGGUCUUGGGAAGAUCGGGAAGAUCGGAAAGAUCGGAGGAUCAAAGGUAGCGUCGACGCAGGCAGCACGGUUUUCGCCUUCACCUUCACCAGACCAUGAACCGACGACUACCUCCAAACCGGCCCAUAUGUCGCCCGUUAAUAACGAUGAAACAGACUCAGGCUCGGACUCAGAUCUAGAUGCAGCACCUAGAAAACCAAACCCUCGAACCCAACCCACUUCCCCAGUCAAACCACGCGGUCUUGGUCUCGGACGUAUUGGCGGACAGAAAAAGCCAGAACAGAAACCAGAUUCUCCCAAAUCUACUCCUUCCGGAUCCCCAGCUCCAGAAGACCACGACGACAAGAACCUUCAACCCCAACACAGCCCCCCGCCUAAACCACGAGGCCUAGGGACCAUCGGCGGCAAAAGCAAGAAGAAAGAACCACCAUCAUCAUCUCCUCCAAAUCCACCUCACGCUCCCAAAUCACCAACCUCGCCACAAACCAACCCCGCCACCGACUCAUCCCCCUCUCCCCCAAAUCCAAAACGAAAGCCUCCCCCUGCCGGGCCCAAAAAGCUCGGCGUCAUCGGCGGCAGCAGCAAAUCCUUUAACCCCGACACCAACACCAACACCACCUCGACUGCUCCUUCUUCCCAUCGCCCAAGCUCAGCACCUGUCCCCGACGCCGACGCGGAAACCGAAACCAACGACGAGCUCGAUGAACCCCCACUCAACCCCAAACCAACCCGCUCGGCAGUCAAAUCGCCAUCGCCCGACGAACCGAAUCACCGUCCUGGUCUAUCGGAGCCGGAACCACGCGCAAGCGAACAACCCCCCGGGGAACCAGAAACGGAAGAAGAAAAAGCGAAUCGAAAACGAGAGGAACUGAAACGACAACUAGAGGCGAAGGCGAAGGCGCCGGCGAAGAAGAAACGGAGAUUUUGA